AAGAUUUUGAGAUUCUGAUAAAGAAAUAUAGUGGUGCUGUACUGGUAUAAAAUUUUUUAUUUGCCGCGUUCAAUGUACAAAUAAUGAAAGAAAUGGAGAAUAAAUGUGAAGCAGAGGAUACAUUGAGCAGUGACAAGGCAACCCAAGAGAGUUUGGAACCUGCAUUAUCUAACGUUACGUUCACAAGCGAGCUCAGUAAAGAUGACAAAAAUACAUCCAGUGGUCAUGAAAAUGUUGAUGAUGUACUUGUGGGGUUGGGAGAUGUUACCUCAAGUUUUGUAGCUGAAUCUUCUUGUGAUGCACCUCUCCUUACUUCUGAGAGUAUGGAUGUGGAAGUUAGCAAAAAUAUCAUUGGACUGAAACCCGCAAGUGAAUCUCAUAAUGUAAACACAGAAAGUGUAGAAAUUAAUUGUUUAAAUAAACAAAUUUCCACAUCAGUUCCUACAGAAAACACAGCUUCAAGUGACUGCCAAGGCUCCCUGAUCCAGAAGCAUACACUACUAACAAGGACAGAGUUUGACAGGGACCAGUAUCUUAGGGGAUGUAAAUGGUCUGUUGAUGGGAACAUGAUUUUGACAACAACCAGUGAUAACAAGUUUUACACAUACAACUUUGCACAGGAACAGAUUUGUACCAAACAAGGUUUUUCUGAACAUGGUGAAUGGAAGCCUACAACAGUUAUUAGUGAAACAGGAACUGUUUAUGACUAUUGUUGGUUUAAUCAGACCACAGAUCCAAGCUUUUUCCUGACCACCAGUAAGGACAAUCCAAUCCAUAACUGGGAUGCUAACACAGGACAGCUGGUGUCUUCCUACAGGGCAUACAAUCAAAUGGAUGAGCUGUCAGCAGCCUAUAGCCUGUGUUAUAGCUUGGAUGGGAGAAAGAUAUAUUGUGGCUUCAACAAGAUGAUACGCGUGUUUGACACUGACAGACCAGGGAGAGAAUGUGAGAGUAGACCAACAUAUGUUGGUAAAGUGGGAGGACAGUAUGGGAUAAUCUCCUGUCUGGCACCGAGUCCGCAGGGAGGAAUGUAUGCAGCAGGAUCAUAUUCCAGAAGCAUUGGACUGUACUAUGAGCCACAAGGAGAAGCAGUGUGUGUAUUUGAAGGACAACAAGGGGGAGUAACUCAUGUGGCAUUCUCCAGGGAUGGUACAAAGUUAUUCAGUGGAGGAAGAAAGGAUCCGGAGAUUUUAUGCUGGGAUUUGCGAAAUCCUGGACAAAUUCUAUUUGUGGCAGUAAGGAAAGUGGAAACAAACCAGAGGAUUUAUUUUGAUCAAGACAGCACAGGAAGAUACCUGAUCUCUGGUAACCAUGAUGGAAUGGUGACACUUUGGGACACACUUCAAAGUCCUGUCCAAGCACGACCAGACACAGACUUUGUACUACACUCCUGUCAACAGUUCAAAGCCCAUGAUGAUACAGUGAAUGGAAUCUGCUUUCAUCCAACACUGCCGGUGUUUGCUACCUCAUCUGGACAAAGGCACAGCCCUGUUCUUGAUGACGAGGAUUCUUUUUCAAAUGAAAUUCUUCAGGAAAACACUCUUAAACUGUGGUUGUAUAAAUAAAAUGUGUACAAGGAU